AUGUCCGAAACUGUCCGUUCGUGUGGGCGGCUCCAACAACUGUUUUGCGUGCCGCUCGAUCGGGCAGCAUGGAUCCACCUCUCCAACAUCCGCACCCUUCGCACAGUGUGGAUUGGGGGAGAGUGUGUUAACACGCUGGGCCGGGACAAUCUCGAUUUCACGCGUUUCCUCAACAUUACAUCCCUUUCGUUCUGUGCGAAAACUGCGUACAUUCUCGAAGUCCUGGAACACUCAGAAUUCCCCUCGCUAAACAAGUUCCGGAUGGAUGUGCUUGUUUUACCUUCUGCAGAGGCUGAACAGCUCUUUUGUGCACUGUCACGGUGCAACACAUCCCACACCCUUGAAGACGUAGUCAUCUUUUCUGACCAGCUAGGAGCACUGGAGCCCUCUUCAACGGCGAUUAGACAAUUUUUUGGUUUCUCGCAGCUGCGAAUCCUGCGGCUUCGUCCAUGCCACUGGCGACUUCAAACUCCGCAAACUGUGCUGAGUGUGCACCCAGACUUUGUCGCAGACGCAGACUCCAGGUCUGCGCAGACCUGCACCCAGACCGGCCAUUUCAGACUCGUCCUCGGUAACCUAGUAGCGCGCGCGGUAAUUGCCGAGUCUUUGGUUUGGCUCAGACUCCCAGAGCUCAUCAAGCAACGCAACCCACGUAUUGUACCAUCGCAACCCUCGGACAUGUCCCAGCGAUGGCUAGACGAGGUUUCUGAGCAUAGGCUUUUCGCAUGGUGA